GUUUUCCUUUGCACACACUUCUACACGAAUCCGAAACCUGCCAAAGUCGCCGAAGUGUACAUAUGGGCCGGUGAGACCGCUUUUGGAACGACAAUUGACGCUGCAAAUGUCCAUGCGAAGCGUAUCGCGAGGGAGAACAGCACGACCGCGAUAUACAUGGUCAGACAGGGACAUGAGUCGCCCGCCUUGCUACAAGCUUUUGGCGGCAUCUUCAUCACUCGGCGAGGAUCCCGUGAGACAGCGACCAAGCAGUACAUACUAUGUGGACGAAAACAUCUGGGCCAUAUUGUCUUCGAUGAGGUCGACUUUAAUGUCGCUUCACUAUGUCACGGAUUCGUAUACCUGAUCUCGUACCCAGUCACGCUCCAGGAGACAAGACUCUACUUAUGGAAAGGCAGCGGCUGCUCCACGGAAGAACUCAGCGGCGCCCGCCUCGCCGCCAUGGACCUCAGCGAAACGGGCGAGAUCAUCGAAGUCGAUGGUGGCGUGGAAUUCGCAAGCUUCCUCAAGAUCUUCAGCCCGACUACGACGAAAGCACACAUCGCCAAGCCUUCUCCUCUCUGGCAGCUCAAGGCCCCAGCGCCGGACAAAUUCAAGACUCGUCUCUUCAGAAUACAACAACCCGAAUCGAGACCCAGUCUUCUCACCUCGAUCUGGAACCGGCGUCCAUCUUGGAAUCGACUAUCUCCUGCCCGCACCGGCUCUCCUGUUCCGGACGAAGUCAAAGUCGAAGCCAAAGAGAUCUCGCCUUUCACACAGUCCUCGCUCGAAGCCGAGGGUAUCUACCUGCUCGAUGCCCAGGGCGCGCUGUACAUCCUCAUCGGCGUGCUGGUCCCUUCGCAAGCGGAGAAAGUUCGCAGCACGCUGUUUGCGCAGACCGUAUUGUUCGCCGAGGAGUAUGCAAAGGUGGCGGCAGAAGUGGAGAGUCGGACUGCGGUCCCCAGGUGUCAAGUGGUAGUCAGAGGCGUGCCUGAGGACCUGAAGAUGCUGUUCAGGCAUUGGGAUAAGGGGAGAGGCUUGUGGGGGACAGCUGGGUUGAUGGCUGGGAGUCGAACGGGCGAGGAAGGGUUGGUGGGGGUGGUGGCACUUGAAGAUGCAUUGGCAGAGCUUUGCAGGGACUGA